CGCUUUCAAAGGCAACUCACGUAAUAAGCCGCAAGCAGGUAACGCCUUCCCACCCAGAUGGCGGCGGCGGCGGCGGCGGAGAUCAGGAUGGCCGCCGUCUUCGGCGAGGCCAGACCGGAGAACGGCGACCACGACGCCGAUGCUCUCCCGCGCCGCCCCGUGCUCUUCCACGCCCACGCCCACUUCCAGGGCCCCCUCCGCGUCGUCGCCACCGACCUCCGCUCCCUCGCCUGGCACUGCUCCCUCGACCUCGACGACCUCCAAGACCUUGUACGUCAAGAUGACGUUGGCAUCGGUGGCUCCUGCUCCGACUUCCUCGACUACCUCUAUUCUUCCUUUUCCUCCGCCCAAGUCAAGCUCCUCUUCCCUGCCGCCCAAGGUGCUAAUACUGCUGAGCUUGUGGCUACCAAGGCAAAGGGGCUACCUCGCAUCACAAUCUCUCUCCAUCCUGUUGCUACCUCUGCGCUCGAAGAUGUCAUUGCCGAUUUCUCCCUUGCGCUUUAUGCGUCUUACAAGACUAAGCAGGAACAUGCGUCCAGAGAACAAGAACGAGUGUCGCAGCUCAUGGAAAGUCUAGCAUCUGAAAGACAAAAAAACGAGGUAAUGCAGAAACAACUUGAAGCCCUUUCGUUCCUUGACAGAAGAAAGGCAACAAGGCCAAAAGUGGUGUCUGAUCAGGUUCCAAGUGUAUCUGGUGCACCUCUAAGCUCUGAUCAAGUUAUUGUUCCUGUGCAGCAGCAAACAUUAGUGGCUUCACCUAGCAAAGUUCCUCCUGCUAAAGCUACAAAGCGGGUGGCCCAUGUGUCUAGGAGGGCAAGGGUACGAGGAGCUUUGUUGCAAGAUGCUGAUGAAAAUGAUGAUGGUAGCAGUUAGAUAUUGCUGAUUUACUGUAGUUGAUGAACUCUUUUACAUUUAGGUGAGAAUUAGUUUUGUGGCUGCUUUGCUUAUGUCAAACUUGUAGUCGUCUACGGUUCUGCUGCUCUACAUGAGCUAGCUUGAUGGUGACUGCUGUUCCCCUCCAAGUGUAUCUGCUGUUUCAGUUUGCAGAGCUUGUUUGUGUU